AUGCGCUCCUCUCGGGCGCCGCGGAGCAACCAGGUUCCAGAAGCUGGCAGUUGGCGCAGUCUUCUCCCUGGCCGGACCCUGAAGGUUGAGUUUGCGCCUCUCAACAUCCCGCUGGCGGAGCGGCUGCAGAUGGCUACGGUGCUGCAAAGGGUCCUGUCCUUCCCGCUGCUCGCAGAGAUAUGCAUUGGAAUCACCAUGAUACACAACUAUUGGUUCCUCUCUAUAAGAUGGCUUUAUUUUGGCAUAUCCCCAGAGCAAAGAGGCUGGAGAUCCAAAUGGGUCAGAAGCUGGACCGUUUGGAGGUAUUUUAAGGACUGUUUUCCAAUUCACCUCAUCAAAACUUGGAAUUUGGAUCCAAGUCACAGCUAUAUAUUUGGGUUUCACCCCCAUGGAGUGCUUGUGGCUGGAGCCUUUGGAAAUUUUUGUACAAAUUAUUCGGACUUUGAGCUGUUCCCUGGCUUCACCACAGAUCUUCAUGUGCACCCAUUUUGGAUCCACUGUCCUCUCUUUCGAGAAUAUCUGAUGACUAGUGAGUCGGUCUCAGUUUCUAAGAAAAGUGUGUACCGUGUGCUGAGCAAGGAGGGAGGUGGAAACAUUUCAAUCAUUAUUCUUGGGAGUGCAGAAGAAUCACUGGAUGCCUAUCCUGGAAAAUUCACUCUGUUCAUCCAUCAGCAGAAAGGAUUUGUUAAAAUUGCUUUGACUCAUGGUGCCUCCUUGGUCCCAGUGUUUUCUUUUGGAGAAAAUGAACUGUUUAAACAAGUUAAACCUGAAGGCUCAUGGCUUCGAACUGUGCAGGAGAAGCUACAGAAAAUCAUGGGGUUUGCUUUGCUGCUGUUCCAUGCCGGAGGAAUUUUUCAAUACAAUUUUGGCCUGAUGCCCUAUAGGAAUCUUAUCCACACUGUUGUUGGCUGCCCAAUCCCUGUCCGUCAGACUCCACCAAGCCCGGAGCAUCAGACCUAUAUGAAAAAGCCAAAGAAAUUACUUGAGGCACACGAAAGGAAGUACAGUAUUCCCGAGCACAAAACUCUCAUUUUUAAAUAA